UAGAACCUGACGGAGCGAGAUAUCCAAAGGUGGAGUGUUUCGCACGUGUGUGAAACCCCAAUACGCUCCAUUGACAGAUACAUCGAGGCUUGAUAAUCUUAUCCUGAUCCAAAUGCCACUCGAUAUGCUACUGUAUGCCUGCACUGACAGCACGUGAGCAAGAGGUCAACACAUCUGGCCCUAAGCGACCGCUGUUAACACUUCUAGGGCAGAAACUUGUGUUGUUUUGAUAUCUUGGAUUAUACUACGUACCAACUGGCGGUAGGGGUGUAUGGUGACGAUGACGUCCCGGGAUCCUUUUCACACGACCGACCGGACUGUUAGAAAACCUCCUAGACAAACAUUACAGGCCUAACAGAAUUGUCUGCACUAAGGGCUACUCAGAGUGAUAGCAACGACAUGUGAAGUCGCCUGAAGGGAAGAGAAAGACCCUUGGAGAACCAGCCCAUCGCGAUUCUUGAGUACUAACCAGCAAAGACUUCGGUACAGCUUUACCAUGAUACCAGGAUUUGCCAUGGAGUGGAAACAAAUGAUUGUGUUUCUUCUGGUCAUGUGGUGUAUAACCGGCACCACAUGUGGGACAAGGUCUGCCCAUGAUGUUUUAGCACACGCUAGCAAUGAUGGACAUAUAUCACAUAGACAACAGAUACUCCAUAAUAUAACAAAUGGAUAUGACCCUCGCAUUCCACCUGGGUACGAAACCAACACGCCUAUCACGAGUUUUGUACAGCUCUAUAUCCUGUCUAUUGACUCUGUCAGUGAUUCUACCAUGGAUUUCGGUAUGAGUAUGUUCAUCAGACAGAAAUGGAACGAUGAGAGGUUACGAUACACUGCCUUUGGAGGUCUCCAACACCUUGAGCUGGACACCAAGAUGAUAGGGGACAUCUGGGUACCAGAUCUGUACAUCGUCAACGAGAAGAAGGCGUCAUUCCAUACCGUUACUGUUCCUAAUAAAUUGAUGCACAUCUAUCCUAAUGGAGAUGUAUUCUACAGUAUGAGAGUUUCUGGCCGAUUUGCCUGCAAUAUGCAUCUGCAUAAGUAUCCUCUUGACGAACAAAGAUGCUCCUUGAGACUUGAAAGCUAUGGCUACAGUGUGGAGACGUUACUGUUACGUUGGAAUGAUGUACCGGUUGAAAAGUCACCAAAACUGUCCCUUCCACAGUUCGAAAUGGGCAAUAUAACAGACCAUAUCUGUGACGUAACAUAUGCAGGAGUGAAUUACACCUGCAUAACAAUGUCCAUGAAGUUAUCAAGGAAUUAUGGGUACUACAUGAUCCAGGUGUUUAUCCCGAGUGUUCUCAUUGUCUUCCUGUCCUGGGUCUCCUUCUGGCUUAACAUAGAGGCUGUGCCUGCCAGAAUUUCUCUAGGACUUUUAACAGUGCUCACCAUGACGACACAGAGCUCUGGUGCUCGUGCAACGUUACCACGUGUGUCGUAUGUGAAGGCUAUCGAUGUAUGGAUGUCGAUGUGCCUCAUUUUUGUGUUUGCUGCCUUAAUCGAGUUUGCUUACGUCAACGUGCUGGCCAGGGUGGAACAAAGGAGGCGACAAACAAUUAAGAGCAGGGUUCCAACAGCAGACGAGGAAAACGGCAAAUCGGAGGAAGGGACGGCAACACCACAGAGAACUGGGAAAUUCUUCAAGGAUGCUCAACGAAGGGAACGUGCAAGGAAUGUCGACAAAUUAUCAAGAAUUAUUUUUCCUCUGAUAUUUGGAAUAUUUAACUUAUGCUUUUGGACAGUUUAUAUAUUCUGGCAGCCUCAGGAAGUUAAAGAUGCAGAAGCAGAGGUAAUAGUAGACGGUUGAAUAUAUAUUUGUAUAUAUCCCGUGGCUACCUAUUUAACUCGAUUGGUCAUCAUUAAUGUACUACGCCAGAAUGUUUUUUACCUUAUUGUUCUACGACUGGUCUUUACAGCACUGGUCAUUAUUCCAAUGGUCAUUAUGCCACUUAUUAUUAUACCACUGGUCAAUAUACCACUGGUCAAUAUACCACAGGUAUCUUUUCCACUGGUCAUUAAACCACUGGUCAUUUAUAUCACUGGUCAUUUUACCACUGGUCAUUAAAUCAGUGGUUAUUAUACCAAUGUCCAUUAUACUACUUCUCAUUAUACAAAUGGUUAUUAUACAAAUAGUCAUUAUACCAAAGUUCAUUAUGGGUAUGGUUAGUAUACAUGUACCAAUGACUACUAUACUACUGGUCAGUAUACCACUGGUCUUUAUCCGACCGGUCACUAUACCAAUGGUUAUUAUAACACUGGUCAGUAUACCACUGAACAUUAUACAAUUGGUCAUUAUAUCACUCGUAAUUUUACAAGAGGUAAUUAUAUCACUUGGUCAUUAUAAUAUUUGUCAGUUUACCGAUGAUCAGUUUACGAUUGGUCUUACCUAUAUUUAUUUGUGAAAUGAAUUUAUUUCUUUUAUGAUAUAAUUAUUUUAUUGGAUAUGUCAUACUUAAUCUGCUCCCUGUUACAUGUUUAUGUUACAAUAAAACAUAAAAAUCUUCACUAUAGAGGUAAGUAAAUAUAAUAAUAAACAGCUAUGCAUGUUCUGUUUCAUAUGUAUACUCCCUAUAUAACCAGCAUAGAUGUGGCACUGUAUUUAACUAUAUUCGGUUUAAGGUAUAUACUGAUGUAUUUAUCACGGCAUCACUCCUUUUAAUUACAUUUUUACAAAUGUGUGUAGAAGUGAACACAAUCGUUACCUGUUUGGCAACACAACGUUAUCUAUGCAGGUAAUAAAUCCUAUUUUAUACACAUUCAAUCCCCCCUUUUCAGGAUUAAUGAAUUGUUUAAUAGCACUGCAAACUGCUAACUUAAAUUUUCCGGUUUUGGUGCCAUAUUGUGUAUGAAGUGCGUGUGAAGGUGUGUUUGCGCGCGCGUUAGAAAAUUACUGCAUGUAACGAAGUUUGUAUUAGACAUGGAAAUGUAAAAAUUCCUUAUUAUAUUUGCUCGAAUCAUCUCCAUUUUUCCUUUUUGAAUAAUAUGCACAUAUUCUGCAACGAUCAUAUUGAAGUUCAACAUAUCCUUUGAUUUUGUAAGACAAAGCACUGCCAUGUGUAAGUCGCCGGAAUAAGUACUUAUCACUGAGUAUGAGCCCGCUAGAUAUGUUUCACUAAUCAAAGAUAGGGUUUAUUGUCCAUUUUGAUUAACUCCCUUUAAUAAAACCUCGACUUACAUUUGAUAAGAUUACAUAACAAAUGUAUCAUUGUUCGCCAAAAUGACUGAAGAAGAUCAAACUUUAAUACUGUCUAUUACAUGCUCAUUAUUGCUGCUAACAAUUGACUCUUGUUUCGUUUGGGAUGCUGAACUAAUCAAUCAAAAUUAACGUGUUUUUUUAAUCCAACUAUUACGAAUAAAUUUUCUUACCUAAUAUCAAA